AAAGCGUGGGAUUCUCAAGGAUAACUCCUGUAGUCCUCGACUGCGGGUGGUUGUAUUACGAUCCUGACUGUUGACAUCAACGUCCGUGCGUGCUUGAGAGUCUAGAAGACGCAUAGCUACGUCGAGAUCUCAGGGAGAGUGGAAAUCGAUGUCGUCAUCGAUACAUUUUGGGUUGCGUAAGAGGCAGAAAAUAGAAGUGCCUCCACAGGCCUUUUCUGACCCAGACGAGGACAGCGAUCUACCGGAAUCUGAACAGGAUGUUGAAGCUCAGGUCAAACAAUUGCAGGAGGAGGGCAGCAGGUAUGCUGAGGAUGGCCAAUAUUCUGCUGCUAUAAGGACAUGGGACCGUGCCAUCGCAAUGAGGCCAUCAAAUGCUGUUCUACACGAGCUGAAAGCCCAGGUCUUGCUCGAUGCUGGGCAACCGUGGGCAGCAGUACAGUCUGCAUUGAAGGCCACGAGCUUGGAUGAGACAUGGCCAGACGGCUUCCUCACGCUUUCCCGAGCCCAAUUUAACUUCGGCGAGCCUGAGGAGGCUCUGAUCAGCAUAAAUGAGGCACUGAGACUACAGCCUGACCACCCGGACGCCCUGAGGGAGAUCACAGACAUCAAGGCACAAGUCCAGCGCAGGAUUGGGCAGCCCGUGCCCCUGCGAGCCCCCACAGAAGAGCCUGGAGGAGCGCUGGUCUAAACCGAGUCCAAUGUUUGCUCCUCCUGCUCAAAUAUCUCGUCUUCAAUGCUGGCCCAGAGCAGCUCCACUCGGUCUACAUAGGCAUGGAAUUCUGGGUCUGCCAAGUAGGCCCUUAUGGCGUCUCUGAUGUCUGCAUCUGUCUGCGUGUGAUCACUGUCCGGCCCAGAGUGAUUGCUUGGGGCAUGCUGCAUCUCUGCUUGGGUUGCAUGAUUGCCAUCCGGGCUGCAGUCCUGCUGCCUGCAGGGCAUGAGGCUACCUUUGCAAGAGAUAUAAAUUCUUGUAAUUUAUAGAUACUGCCGUUCAUGCAGGCUGGAAGACAUUUCACUGUUGUUUUCUGUCUGCAAGUUUACCUGUAAUGUGGGCAACACUCUCCUUGCUGGCCAACCUGUGUGUCAGCAUCUGGAAGCGACUCUGCCACCUGUGGCCCCAGACUUAGUCCGGAGGAUCUGGCGAGGACGCUCUUUGUGUAAAGCUCCUGCAAGG